AUGGAUAUGUAUUCUAACUUCAACGUCUCUCUUCACAAUGAUACACCAAUAGAGCGUGAAACAGGAUUUGAAUUUAUAACAACACCUGCUGUCAUCGCCAUUGUUGUAUCAAUAAUCGACGGAGUAUUGAUUCUUUUUGGUGCAACAAUUAACCUCGCCGUUAUAGUAGCAAUUGUGAGGCAUCAUCGUGAAUUAAAAACCAUGGACCUGUUUAUCCUAAAUUUAUGCCUUUCUGAUUUCGUUAGUAGUAUAUUUUACCAACCGUUGGUCAUAACUCGACUACUAGCUCGCAGUGCACAAAGUCACAUCCACACUGGAGUCUUCAGAAUGGCUACAUUUAGUUGCCUUCUUGUCGAUUGUGCUGCAUUAUUUCUAGUCACCUUCGAUAAAUAUCUUGGCAUCAGAUUUCCAUUCCGUUAUCACAUGUAUUUCAGAAAGCAAUAUGUAGUCGCGAUAAUCACUUGUGGUUGGGUCAUAGCAACAGCAAUUGGACUGACAUUUGCGUUGUUGGACCAAGCGGCAAAGAUUGCAGGAAUCAUUUACGGCCUAUUGCUCCUAAUAAUGUUCAUCCUCACGCCAGUCUUGCAAAUUGCAUCUUUCUUUAUCGCCAAGCGACAUGAGCGACGAAUACAGCGAAUGGAAAAGGUGGUUGCUAACUGCGAUUGUACAAGGGAACCGAAACCAGCAGACGAGAUUCCUUCGAUCGACAAUAUUAAUGCUGGAACAGCCCACAGUUCCAUCAACAAUUCCAAGCCAGUUCAUCCAUUUACCAGCAAAGCAGCUAGAACAAUAACUAUUCUGACUACG